GGGGCUUAUAUGGGGUUUUUGAGUUUGAUUGUCUCCAACCUUCAGUAUUUAUCACUCCGCUGCAUCUUUGGGUUGCCUUCUACGGUUGAAACGUUAAUCGGGUUGGCUCUUAGUUGCAUUAUAGUUUUGAAAUGGCUUUAGCUCGUGGUGUGAGACGGCCUGUUGAGGCUCUGUGCAAGAUGAUAAAUUCCCCUAUUAACUGUCGCCGUGGUUAUUCUGUGAUGACUUGUAAAGGAUCUCUCUUUACCGGAUAUGGAGAAAAUAGAAGUUCAUUUUCUUCUGAUUCCACGUAUUUAGGCUAUGGAGUUUCGUCCAGAAGAUUUUCUACUGAAGUCUCUUCUGCUGAUCAAAUGAGUCUCAUAAAGCAGUUGAGGGAAAGAACUAGUGCUCCAAUUAAAGAAGUCAAGGCAGCUCUAGUUGAUUCCAACUGGGACAUUGAUUCUGCUCAAACGGAACUGAGGAAAAGGGGAAUGGUCCUUGCAUCCAAAAAAGCAACUCGAACUGCUGCUGAGGGUUUGCUUGCAUUGGCGCAGAAUGAAAGGAAAGCUGCUAUUAUUGAACUUAACUGUGAAACAGAUUUUGUUGCGAGGAAUGAAAUUUUUCAAUAUCUGGCCCAGUCUUUGGCCAAGUUGGCAUUAGUGGUUGAUGGUUCUCCUCUCUCCUCUGGAACUUUCCAUGUUAGACCAGAGUCUUUGGAGGAGAUGACAUUAAACUUAGACCAUCCUAAAUUAAGUGGAGAAAAAACUGUUCAAAAUGCAAUUACUGAAGUUGCUGCAAUGAUGGGAGAGAAUGUCAAGCUCAGAAGGGGUUUUGCAAUGUCCUCUCCUUCAUAUGGUGUAUUGUCUACUUAUCUUCACACCAGCCCACAACCUGGUAUUGGCCGAAUUGCUGGACUCUUGUCACUUGAAGUAGAGAAUCAGAAUGCUUCAUUGGAUGCUCUUGAACGUGUUGGAUCAGAACUAGCAAUGCAUGUGGUGGCAGCAAAGCCCGUCUUCUUAACAAAAGACCUUGUUUCUGCUGAAGCACUAGCAAAAGAACGUGAAAUUCUCAAGUCGCAGGCAGAAAGUACAGGGAAGUCCCAGAUGGCUAUAGAGAAAAUGGUUGAGGGACGGCUGCGCAAGUAUUACGAGGAAGUAGUUCUAAUGGAGCAAAAAUUUAUUGUUAAUGACGCUCUCAAUGUGAAGACUUUGUUGAAUAACCUAUCUGAGGAAGUUGGUACUCCUGUGAGGAUAGGGAGUUUCUUACGAGUAGAAGUUGGAGAAGGUCUUCAGAGGUAAAUAUUGUAAAGCUUAGUUAUCGAUGUUUCAGGUCUUUCUUAUUUGAAUAUAUGUCCAAAUGAUUCCUCUGUAAGCCCUCGGAUCACUCUUUUGCCUUAGUGGACAAGUAGUUUGUCCUCCCUCUGGCAGGGCAACCAUUCUGGGACUUAGGAGUACCACUUUUUGAAAUCGCCCCUAGGAGAAGUAACUUUUCUAAAUACUCAACUGUGAUUGUUUCAUCAGUAACAAUGUUCCAAUUGUCUAGUAAUUAAAUUUGAAACAAUGGAGUUAACCAAAAAUAAAUAAAAUGGAAAUAAUAGUCGAGUUUUAAACACCAACCCGCCAAAUGAUUGGAUUACUUGGUUCCUUUUACUUUGCUAAUGAUUACAGCCAUUUUCAUUUUAGAAAAUGCUACGCUUGUAAUAAUCCUUGAAAACCUCGAUAUGCGCUUUAUUUCCUUCCUCAUUAUCUAAAGAACCGAAAAUUCAGACAUGGAGAAACUAGUGUUAAACCUUGGUAGCAAAAAGGUUAGCCAGGAUGAACCAAGAGUCCACAGUGUUUUUAUCUAAUAUUAAUUUCUUCUAGAAGCAUUUAUUUUUCUCUUAGUGUCUGGAAGUAAAGUUUUACUAGUGUAUACAGGUUGCCAGUGAAUGAUAAUAUUACUGCAUUUAUUAUAAUUUGGUGUAAAUGGAAUAUUACUGCCAACAAGAAAAGUCAUCUUAACCCUGUCUUAUAAGUACCAUACAUCAUCAUAUGAGAAGAAAAUUUAUGAUGGAAGAUAUGAAAUUCUUCCUUUCACUUAAUUAAUCAGUAUUUUGCAAUGUUUGAUACCCUUAAAAAUUGGGUUACAAGAUCUGCCGAGGUGGGUAGCCCUAAUCAGAUGUUUGAUACCUAGAUGAUGUCUUUGUUCCUCUGACAGCAGCUCUUUAUAAGCUACACCAUUUUUUCUUGUGUUUGUUGUAGGCUUGAAGCAUCCGGUGCUCCUGAACCUCUAGCUCAGGCUGCUUGAGUUUAUAACGGCUGCAGAAUCCUGGAAAUCACUGGACUUGUGUUAUCGCCCUCUAGCUCAAGCUGCUUGAUUGGUUAAUGCUUGAAGAAUCCUGGGAAAUCACUGAAGUUAAUGUUAUUGAAUUUUGGGGGUCUGAUUUUCAAAUGUUUUUGGGUAAUGUGUUUAAUUAUUAAUUUUGUAUCAUAGCCUUUUUGCAUACUACGGUUGAGACUAAUAAUAAUGUGAUGGCCAUCAGUUUUUUCCUUUCUGGUGGUUAGAGCCUUAGAGGGAGUGGCAGUUUUUACCCAAUUUCCAUGAGCCAUAUAGUGUAGGGUAGUUUUACAUUAGUCAAACCGAACUUGCAUUUUAAUGUUACAUUUGAUGGCCCUUUAUCUCUCUCCCUUGUUGUAACUUUAGCUUGAGACAUUCUCUGCUUAAUUUUUUACCAAAUAACAUGCACUGUUGAUGAGAUGCUCAAUGAUAUUUCAUACAUUCAAAUGCUAACUUGCCCUCCUUGGUUGGAAAGAUUGUGCGAGUGGUUAUCUUUUCUUAAUAUCCUGUAUCAUCAUUUACUUCGUUAGGAUUGUUUCGGCAUUUUGCAUGUGUUUACUUCGACUUCAUAAUGAAAAUAGGCAAACGUCGAAUAGUGAACACCAA